AUGGAUUUAUUGAACGACGAAGAAGCCAUGUCAAUUAUUUAUGUGUUAUAUAAAAGGCACCAAAAAAAGUCAAAAAAUGGUCAAAGACGACACUGGGUACAUCCAUUAAAUUUAAAAAGGCCAAUCGAGGGUCGAUUUCAAACAAAUUUUAUGACUUUGAGGAGUUACCCAGAAGAAUUUUUUAAAUACUACAGAAUGUCGAUUAAAUCGUUUGAUGAGCUGAUUUCUUUAGUUAACCUCAAACUUCAAAAACAAGUUACCUGUUUGCAUUUACCAAUUCCAGCAGAAGAAAGACUUACUGUGACGUUAAGGUAA